AUGAGGUCUCACUCGAAGGCAAUAUUGAACCGUGUUAUAAAGUGGCCCAGGCAAGGAACUCUAUUUGAACCUUGCCUUGGAACUAAACCGAUUCGGGUUUCAUUAUGUGGUGAUCUGAGACGAGAUGUCUUGAAACCUUUUCCCGAGAGCGGGCGCCCGGGACUUGAAAUGUCAAUUCCCCGUGUGGAAGAGGAGGAGGGCUCGAGAUAUGUAUUCAAGCCCCUUCGGUUACAUACUUCAGCUGACAGUGCCCAUGUGAUUGAAUAUCUCACCUUUCUAUCAUUGGAAUCCUCCGAAGUCAGCCGUAGCCCUAAAAGUUCGUGCCACGUGUGGUCCCCCAGAUUUGCUAAUGGAAGCUGGAACCCUAGCCCUGAAAUAUGUCGACCCCACGUACUGGUGGGGGUCUGUAAGACUAAGGAGUCUAGAUAG